CCUUGGCCAAAAGAGGCGUUUAAUUAGUUCUGGGGCCGCGGAGAGCCAGCGUGGCCGACAAAGCCCGGCUCCCCAGGUAACCCGGGUUCCCUGCAGACCCGGGAGGGGGCGCGCGGGGCCGGAGCAACGGCCUUGGGCUGCGCGCUCCCUCCGGCGACACUGCCGUCCCCCUGGCCUCCGGCCCGGUCCCCCGCAGGCCGAAGGCUCAUCUGCCGGGCUUGGGUGGCCCAAGCCAGCGCCGCCUGCGGUCCCCGAGUGCGGCUGGCUCUAGGGCCAGCUCCCUCUCCCCGCCUUUCAGUGCUCAGAGCUAGGCCAGCGGGAAAGAAGGCAGCAUGGUCGGCAAAAGACAGGUGGCAGUGGCGGUCUUGCAUGAUACUUGUCCUUCUUCCCUGUUCCCCAUUUUGGGGAAACAUUGGAAACACUUUUCUCUUUAUGCGCAUUCGCGUCUGAGCACCAAGUGCUCCAAGCCCUGCGCGCACCGCCGGGCUUGGAAGGCGGCGAAUGGCUGCCUCGCCGCCGCCCCUACUGGUGACACUCGGCCGCCAGCCCCCGCCCAGGACGUGCACAUCUGCUGACAGCACUGGCCCGGGUCGCAGUCACCGGGCCACCCGCUCCACAGUUAAUUACAGUGCAAUGUCUAAAACCAAGAAGCGUAUUUAAAUCACUAAUCUGAAGAGGCAUGACUUGGAAUUUGAGAGGCGUCUGAAUACCCAACAGAAGCCUCUAGUGAGACAAGUGCCUGAAAAAGGAAGCGGCCCAGGAGGACGACUUCUUUCAGUCCUCUGCAGAGAGAAUACGCAGGAUGGCUGCGCUUCUGAACUCUCCCGGGGUGGAAGCUGCAGCCUGGCUUUUAACCGGAAUUGCCCAGACCUUGAAAGUGUUUCUUUGUCGCUCUUAAAAAGAGGAAUUCACGUUGCAUCGCAGUCUGUGAUAAAGUCUGUCUUGGGGCAGACCUGCAUACAUUUUGUGUUUUGUUUUUUUCAGAAAAGAAAGGUCGAGAGAGAAAAAAACAAGUCAUUCAGGGAUGGUCCCGGUGGCCAGUCGGAAAGGUGAGAGACUCGGGCUUUGAAAACCAUUCACAUUCUGCCCUUUAACUUCAAUGCCCUCCCUCCGGACUGCGCCGGAGCAGACGAUUCAAUUGACUCCUUUUGUAUCCGGUUUAUUGCUCAGAAUCCCUAGGGUCUAGAUUUGCUCUCAGAAGAAACGCGCCCCGCUGAGCCGCUCUCGGAGGCAGCCCCUCCCGUCUCCCCAUUCCUUUCUCCGGGCCGGGGAGGGCAGGGGAGGCUGCCACUGAGCCGAUGUCGCUGGGGACCCGCACCAGGCACCAGAGCCAGGCUCCGGAGCGGCGUCCCACAGGUGCGCUCCCAGCCCCCGUGCUGCGUCUGGAACGCCUUGGGAGUGGGCGCGGAUCACCUUCCAAGGACACCCGCAUAUACUCUGCAAACUGUUUAAAAGCCCUUGAAAAGUCCAGAGAUGGGAUAGAAGCCCCCAGCGGAACCCAGGCCGGAACCCCGCGCACCUCAGAUAAGGGGGUAGCGGAAAGCACCCACCUGGCCCCUGAGGGCAGUACCCUUAGAUUGCCCAGGCUGCCGCGGAGGAGGACGAUCGCCGCGCGGCCUCCGCUCUCGCCGUCUGGGCCACCGGCGCGCACCCCUAGGAACUUCUCUGGCCGCGUGUAGACGCUGCGCGCGGCUGCCCCAGCCCCAGGGCGGAAGGACCCGGCUCAGCGCGCGCGCGGGUAGCCAGCGAGCAACGCGGGACGCAGGUGUCCCUGGAGCCGCGCGCGGGGCAGGUACAGAAUCCAGUAUGCGGAGGCAGAGGAGAGGGAGGAAAGCGGUGCGAGGAGCCCCGGGCCGCGCGACCCCGCCUUUUCCUCGCCCCAGGAGCUUCCAAAGGGAGCAAAACGCCCCCCACCCCCGCCCACCGCCGAGCCUCCGGGCCCCCUCGCCGCCGGCACACCGCGCUCUGAUUGGCUGGCGCGGUGGGUCCCUGGCACGCGCCUGUGGAUGUUGUUAUAAGAAUCCUCGCGUGCCGGCCCUCAGCUCCAGCAAGUCCGCCACAGCCCUCCCCAGCGCAGCGCGGGCGCGGGCCAGAGCGCAGCGGCCGCGGGCACUCCAGGGAAGCCCGGGGGCGGGUAGCCCGGCGGCAGCCUAGCUGCCCCCAGCCAGGGCCCCGGGAGGGAGGGGCCCGGACGGGCCACCGAAACUUACCAAGAACACGCACAGCCUGGCAGUCCCGCUGCCCACUGCGGCGGCAAGAAUGGACGCGGUGCUGUUGGAGCACUUCCCCGGGGGCCUAGACGCCUUUCCUUCUCCGUACUUCGACGAGGACGACUUCUUCACCGACCAGUCUUCACGGGACCCCCUGGAGGACGGCGAUCAGCUGCUGGCGGACGAGCAGGCCGAGGUGGAGUUCCUUAGCCACCAGCUCCACGAGUACUGCUACCGCGACGGGGCGUGCCUGCUGCUGCAGCCCGCGCCCCCGGCCGCCCCGCUAGCGCUCGCCCCGCCGUCCUCGGGGGGCCCCAGUGAGCCAGACGGCGGCGGCGGCGGCGGCUACUGCUGCGAGACGGGGGCGCCCCCAGGCGGCUUCCCCUACUCGCCCGGCUCGCCGCCCUCGUGCCUGGCCUACCCGUGCGCCGGGGCGGCAGUACUGUCUUCCGGAGCGCGGCUGCGCGGCCUGAGCGGAGCGGCGGCCGCGGCGGCGCGGCGGCGUCGGCGGGUGCGCUCCGAGGCGGAGCUGCAGCAGCUGCGGCAGGCGGCCAACGUGCGCGAACGGCGGCGCAUGCAGUCCAUCAACGACGCCUUCGAAGGGCUGCGCUCGCACAUCCCCACGCUGCCCUACGAGAAGCGCCUCUCCAAGGUGGACACGCUGCGCCUGGCCAUCGGCUACAUCAACUUCCUCAGCGAGCUCGUGCAGGCCGACCUGCCCUUGCGCGGCGGUGGCGCGGGCGGCUGCGGGGGGCCGGGCGGCGGCGGGCGUCUGGGCGGGGACAGCCCGGGCAGCCAGGCCCAGAAGGUCAUCAUCUGCCAUCGGGGCACCCGGUCCCCAUCCCCCAGCGACCCUGAUUAUGGCCUCCCUCCCCUAGCAGGACACUCUCUGUCAUGGACUGAUGAAAAACAACUCAAGGAACAAAAUAUUAUCCGAACAGCCAAAGUCUGGACCCCAGAGGACCCCAGAAAACUCAACAGCAAAUCUUCCUUCAACAACAUAGAAAACGAACCACCAUUUGAGUUUGUGUCCUGAGAAGUCCCAGACUCGGCUGAGGAUCUGAUUAUGUCUCUGUGCAUAUUGUACAUGUAAAUAUCUAUAAUGUAAAUGUAAUUUAAGAAUCAAAUUUUUCUAAUGGCAAUCAACUUUAUUAUUUAUCUAUUUAUUCUGUUGAGUUGAUGAAAUAGAUGAUUUCUUUUUAAAUAUAUAAUUUAUAUAAUUUAUCUUGAUUUUCUGAAAAUAUGCAAUAGCCUAUGAUUUUCCUGAACUCUGUGUUGUUGGGAGAACUCUGGCCAGAAAACGUCCUGCUUAUUUAUUGCCAGAUAUGGUUUAUUUCUAAGCGUUGUCAAUAAAUGCUAUUUACACCUUUUCCUGAA